AUGAGGAUGAGGAUGAGGAGGAUGGGCCGGGAGGUGGCCCCGCUCCCCGCCAGGCGCCUCCGGGCGCGCGGUCCUUCCCCGCCCGGAGCUGCCGUGGGGCUUUCCCGGCCGCAGCGCCCAGCUCUGCGCCUGCACCUCUGGCGAAAGCAGGGCGGGGAGGGGACGGGAGCAGAGGCUUUCACAUCCUCAAACCCCGGGGAAACAUCUGCUGCUGCCGCCGCCGUGCCAUCCGACAGCGUCCCGCAGCUGGGUUUAGAACUGAUAGUUGGUUUAGAACUGAUAUCUGAUGGACCUGAAAGACAGGCAAGUGCCUUUGAAAAGUCUUCAGCUGCCUUGUCAGUGGAACCAGUUUACAAGAAUCAACAAUGGUAUCCAAGUCUGUUGAAGAAGAUGUGUAUGCCUGUUAUGAGGGGUCUCGAGAGCAAUCAUGGUUUUGCCAGCUUUGAAGAGAAGAGUAAUUAUUUCCUUAAAUUCUAUCCAUUCACCCCUCCAGUAGGGGCAGAUUACCCCUUAUUUCCACACCAGGAUGUUGUGCCUUUCAUAGAUCCCUGCUCAGGUUCUGUGAGUCCAGCAGCAGGUACUGAGCAGCAGCCCAGUGUUGGAAGAGCUAUUGAAUCCCUGGCAGACUACAGCAAUAGGAAACCUCACCACAUCUCCAUCACAGGUGAGAGAGCCCAGCCUGACCACGAGAGCCUCCUGGAGGAAACCAGCCAGGACAGAAGGUGGAAGUCCAGGAAUGAACCAGGUUAUCUGACAAUUCUGAUAAAGAGCAGAGAUGAUUUGUUGCCCCUGCUGGAAGCUAACACAUCUGAAGACACAGUUUUCCCCAAAGCUGGGAAACGGGAAAUAGGAAAUACUAGAGAGUUUACUUAUAGACUUGCAUACAAAAGAGUUCCUUGGGAUAAUAUGUUUUCUUCCAAAAUACAGCCUCCAAAAUCAACAGAGGAGAUGUUGGCUGAUCCUGUUUCCCAGCAUUUCACAAAAAUAAGAAACAAUCCCAAACCUAAAAAAAACCAAAAACAAUUCAGAUUCUGGGACAGAUUUCAAAAAUCUUUUACCUCUCCACAGAGAUCUGUCUGUUUCGUAAGCCAAAGAUCUCAAACCUGUCAUAUCCCUUUGUAUAUCUGUUGUGUUGGUGCAGUAAAUUUUGAAGAGAGUGCUGGUGUAGACUUAGUCCCACUUAACCAUGUGCAAACUUCAAAGCCUUCCUACUCAAGCACUGCACACACUCCAAAUAUUCCUGGAUACACUGGCAAGGUUCAUUGGUCAGCAACUCACCCAGCAAAUUCUAAUCUUCCAUCAACAGCCCCAUCAGUAAUUGCAGGAAUGCAUGGGUAG